AUGUCCGGCAAGCAGCAUGAGCGUACACAGUCGGCCUUUGCCUUUGACAACACGGCCACCUCCCAGGCAGCCAGUGCCAUGAGGAAUGAACUCAACAAGCUCGCAGAAACCGUCGAGGACCCUGCCCAGCGAAAGCACUUUGAAACAGAGAUGGACAAUUUCUUUGCCCUCUUCCGUCGAUACCUCACAGAAAAGACCAAAGGCGACAAGAUUGAAUGGGAAGCCGUGCAGUCUCCUAGUGAAAAGACGGUGGUGGACUACAAUACCCUCGAGGAGUCACCCGAGGCCAAGGCGUACCUCGACAAACUCGUCGUCCUCAAGCUCAACGGCGGUCUGGGAACCUCUAUGGGCUGUGUGGGACCUAAAUCCAUCAUUGAGGUGCGUGACGGCAAUACGUUCCUCGACCUGAGUGUGCGUCAAAUUGAACACCUCAACCGCAAGUACGGCGUGAAUGUGCCUUUUGUCCUGAUGAAUUCCUUCAACACAGAUGAAGAUACCGCUCGCAUCAUCAAAAAGUACGAAGGCCACAAUAUCGAUAUCAUGACCUUCAACCAGUCUCGCUACCCGCGCGUCAACAAGGAUACCUUGCUGCCUGUUGCGCGUAGUGCCAAUUCGCCAAUUGGCGACUGGUACCCACCUGGUCACGGUGACAUCUUCGAGUCCAUGUACAAUGCUGGUAUCCUCCAACAGCUGAUUGACGCUGGUAAAGAAGUCAUCUUCAUCUCGAAUGUCGACAACUUGGGUGCCGUGGUGGACCUCAACUUGCUCACACACUUCUUCAAGUCUGAGGCGGAAUACGUCAUGGAACUCACAGACAAGACAAAGGCUGAUGUCAAGGGUGGUACCAUCAUUGACUACAAGGGUCAAGUUCGCUUGCUCGAAAUUGCUCAGGUGCCCUCACAGUACGUGGAGGAGUUUAAGAGUAUCAAAAAGUUCAAGUACUUCAACACCAACAACAUCUGGGCCAAUCUCAAGGCCGUUCAGCGUGUAGUGGAAAACAACGAACUCUCCCUCGAAAUCAUUCCAAACUUCAAGAGCAUCUCUGCCGAUAAGAAAGGCGAGUCGGAUAUUCCCAUUGUGCAGAUUGAAACGGCCAUUGGUGCCGCCAUCAAACAUUUCAAGGCUCACGGUGUCAAUGUCCCUCGUUGCAGAUUCUUGCCAGUCAAGGCAUCCUCUGACCUCAUGCUCGUCAAGUCUGACUUGUUUGAGCUCAAGCAUGGUGAGCUGACCAUUGACCCUGCACGAUUCGGCGGGAACCCACUCAUCAAGCUCGGCUCACACUUCAAGAAGGUCAGUGACUUCCAGAAGCGUAUUCCAUCAAUCCCAAGGAUCCUGGAACUCGAUCACUUGACGGUGACGGGGAAUGUCAAGUUUGGUAGGAACAUGACACUCAAGGGAACCGUCAUUAUCGUCUGCAACGAUGGCUCUUCGAUUGAGUUGCCUAAUGGCUGUGUCCUUGAGAACUGUGUCAUUACAGGAUCCUUGUCCAUCUUGGAGCACUAG